AUGGCCUUUUCAUCGAAUGUCACAACAUUCACUCUCUCUGGACUUAAUCUAACAAGGGGAAACAAAUAUAUAUUUUUUUCGCUGGCUCUUCUCGCAUAUCUUAUGAUGUUAUUUUUCAAUCUUUGUCUUGCAAUUACUAUUCUCCAAGUAAAGACACUCCACGAGCCCAUGUACAUUUUCCUGUGUAAUUUAUGUAUUAAUGGAAUUUAUGGAACCUCAGGUUUCUACCCAAAAUUCUUGCUUGAUAUAAUCAGUGACUCUAAUGAUAUUUCCUAUAAUGGAUGUUUACUUCAAAUAUUUGUGAUAUAUGGUGGGGUUAUGUGUGAUUUUUCAACACUAACAGUGAUGGCUUAUGACAGGACAGUGGCCAUAUGCCAGCCAUUAAGGUAUCACUCUAUAAUGACAACCCAGGCUGUCGUUCUGUCACUAAUGUUUUGCUGGAUGUGUCCUUUAUUUUGUUCAGUCCUCAUCAUAACUAUGACAAGCGUGUUGCCUUUAUGUGGGUCUCAAAUAGACAAACUGUACUGUGAUAACUGGUCUGUUGUGCGUCUUUCCUGUGUGCCUGUGACAUUGAAUAAUGUGAUUGGAUUCAUUGUUAUACUUUUAUUUAUGGCACAUGCUCUUUUUAUAAUGUAUUCUUAUAAAAAAUUGAUAUCUGCAUGUAGAAAUUCUAAAGAAGACACACUGAAGUUUAUGCAGACCUGUGUACCUCACUUAUUUUCCAUAAUAAAUUUUGCAGUAUCUGUGCUUUUUGACACAAUGUAUAGUCGAUAUGGAUCCCGGGUUAGCUCACAGAGUGAACACGUACGCAAUUUCAUGUCUUUGGAAUUGUUAAUCAUCCCACCCCUUUUCAACCCAAUUAUUUACGGAUUAAAACUUACUGAGCUCCGUACAAGAAUCAUGAGGCCUUGCCAAAGACAUAUAGUAAGGAACAAUGAGCUGAGAAGAAAAAUAAGAUAA